AUGGCUCCACAACCGAUUCCUUUCCCAGGUUUCACUCCGAUAUCUGAUCGUGUAUACAUUCGCAAUGGCAAUGAGAAAGCCAAACCAGUCCCAGCUGACGAGCCCACAACAAUCCUCAUCUCCGGCUGGGGUGAUGGCAUGCCCAAGCAUGUCUCCAAGUACUGUGACGGCUACCAUGAGCUGUUCCCAUCGGCUCGGAUUAUUGUGAUCCUAUCACGUACCCUCCAGGCCUCAAACCAGCCCGAGGAAGAUAGAAUCCAAGCCAUGAUGCCGGUCGUCGACACCAUCUUCCCGACCCCGACGGGUAGCGGCGGUGAAGAAGAGCGUGUCCUUGUACACGCCAUGUCAAAUACCGGCGCGAUUUUCGCUGCUGCAGCCAUCGUCGGUUAUCAGCGACGCCACGGCACAGACAAGACAUUCCCGCACAAGCUUCUGGUGUGUGAUUCCACGCCCGGAAGUUUAGACUUUGCUUCUCAGGUUGGCCGAUGGUCGCGGGCCAUGGCGGUUGGAACCGCGAAGUUCUUCCCUUGGCCUUUUAUCAUCACGCAGGGUCUAUGGUAUGCCUUCCUCUGGGCUAAUUGGGCUUGGGAAGUCUUGCGCGGCUCGGAACCCUCCGGUGUUUGGGCGAACCGAGUCAUGAAUGAUAAGUCAAUUAUCACGACCGACGCUCAAAGGCUUUACCUGUACUCAAAGGAAGAUGAGAUCAUUGGAUGGAAGGAUUUGGAAGAAAACGUUGCAGGGGUCAAGACUUUGGGCUACCCGGUUGAAUUGGAAAUGUUUGAAGGCUCAUCGCAUGUCGGACACAUGAGACUCCACCCCGAGCAAUAUUGGAACAGGAUCUCUGGUUGCUGGAAACAGGCCAUGUCGCAGAAGUAA